AUGACGGACUCCGACUAGGACUAGAACUGGUGCGCCACAGGCCCACGCGCAAGACCUCAGUAUAUAUAUAGAUACCCUCCAGGCCAGCAUCCUUCGCAACCCCAAAUCACGACCGAAUUGCCUCGCAAAAUUAGAGCAAGCGAUCUGUUAUCGAGGAGCAUGUCGGCCGCCAUUAGCAGCCCUCUGGUGGUGGAGACGGCGUCACCUGGUGUCGACGCCGACGGCGAUGAUGCCAUCAGGAACACGGCUCGUGCUAUCUACCGUGCGGCGAUGGAAAUGUUUGGCCCAGAAGCGUCGAGGCGCGUUUUUGAAGAUAUGGAGACGGAGUUGAUGCUUCUUGAUGAUUCCGACGACGACGAACCAACGGCGCCGCUCCGGCCGGUCGUCGUCGACCCCACAUCGGCCACGGCGGUCGCAAAUCUCCGGCGGGUGAAAUUCGAGGACGGCGCUCGCAGCAGCAGCGCGGAGGGGUGCGCCAUCUGCCUCCAGGACUACAAGGAGGGCGACGAGCUGACCGAGAUGCCGUGCUCGGGCGGGCACAGAUUCCACCGGCAGUGCAUCCUCGAGUGGUUGGCCCGUCGACGUUCCUGCCCGCUCUGCCGCCAUCUGCUGCCCGGCCAGGAGCGAGAUACACCAAUGUUACUUUGACUUGCUUGUAUGUUUGACAUGGCGCGGCUUGUAAUGUAUGGAAAACAGUACUAUAAUGAACAAAAGGAUAUAUUGGGUUGCAAAGCUUA